AUGCCGAUGGUGCUCACCCUGCUCGUCUCCCUCUAUAAACUGUGCCGGUUCGUCACCAUGGCGGGUGCGGAGAGGCUUGCGGUGCCUGAGUGCGUGAGCCAGGCUGGCAGGUGGGCGGGGGGGGGCAGCUCCAGGGAGCACCGCGAGGUCUCCCCUGGGGUGAACACCGAUGUGCGGGCAGCCCUGGACCGGAUCCUGCCUGCCCUGCACCAGGCCAUCGCCCGUGCCAAGCAGGCGGCGGACCCCGCGGAGCUGAGGAGGGCCAUCGUCGAGGUCUUCCAGCUGGUGGAGGAAGCCUGGGGAAUGCCCACGCUGGGGAGGGACGUGAGCGCAGGGCUGAGGAGACGAACAGCUUUCCUCCAAGCUGCCUCCACGCUGCCUUCCCAGGACAGGCAGAUCCCCAUCUCUCACGGAUGCCUGGACCGGAUUGCUCGGAUUGGUCUGGGGGUGAUUCUGAACUUAGCCAAGGAGCGAGAUGUUCCCCAGCUGGCGCAGAGCGUCUCCGGUAUCCUGGAGCACAUGUUCAAACACACCGAGGAGACCUGUUUCCAGCUAAUCUCUGAUGGAGGCCUGGAUGCUAUCCUCUACUGGUGCCGUUGGACGGACCCCAUCGUGCUGCGGCACUGUGCCAUGGCCUUGGCCAACUGUGCCAUGUAUGGCGGGCAGGCCAACCAGCGCCUGAUGAUCGAGAAGAGGACGGCGGAGUGGCUGUUCCCACUGGUAUUCUCAAGAGACGAUGAACUAAUCCGCCUGCACGCGUGCCUGGCCAUCACGGUGCUGGCCACCAACAAAGAAAUCGAGAAGGAGGUGGAGCGCUCGGGGACGCUGGCUCUGGUGGAGCCAUUCAUCGCCUCACUGGAUCCGGAGCAGUUUGCCUGCGAGAUGUUGGGCAGCAGUGACAACAGCCAGGGGCGGACGGCGGACGACCUGCAGCGGCUGGUGCCCUUGCUGGACAGCUCGCGGCUGGAAGCACAGUGCAUCGCUGCCUUCUACCUCUGCACGGAGGCUGCCAUCAAAACCAGGCAGAAGAAAACAAAGAUUUUCAGUGAGAUUGGGGCUACGCAGAGCCUGAAGAGGGUAGUGUGCUACUCCACCAGCAGCACCACCUCCUCCCUGGCCAAAAAGGUGCUGCGCAUGAUAGGGGAGGAGGUUCCUCGGCGCAUCCUGCCCACGGUUCCCAACUGGAAGCCCUGUGAGGUGCAGACGUGGCUGCAGCAGAUCGGAUUCAACAAAUACUGCCAGAGCUUCCUGGACCACCAGGUGGAUGGGGACAUUCUCCUGAGGCUGACAGAGGAGGAACUGCAGGAGGAUUUGGGGAUGGACUCCAGCAUCACUCGGAAAAGGUUUUUCCGGGAGCUGACAGAGCUGAAGACCUUCGCAAACUACUCCACCUGUGACCGCAGCAACCUGGCCGACUGGCUGAGCGGCAUUGACCCCAAGUUUCGUCAGUACACAUACAACUUGCUGACAUGUGGCAUCAACCGCAACUUCUUGCACCGGGUGACGGAGCAGCAGCUGCAGGAGGACUGCCACAUCAACAUGGGUUUCCACCGCGUCCGCAUCCUCACUGCUGCAAGGGAAACGCUUCACUCCCCUAUAACGCUGCAAACUGCAUCCGAUGGGACUGAUGUAUUUAUCAGCUACCGGAGGAGCACUGGGUCGCAGCUGGCCAGCCUGCUGAAGGUCCACCUACAGCUGCACGGCUUCAGCGUGUUCAUUGAUGUGGAGAAGCUGGAGGCAGGGAAGUUUGAGGACAAGUUGAUCCAGAGCGUCAUGAGUGCCCGCAAUUUUGUGCUGGUCCUCUCACCAAACGCACUGGAUAAAUGCAUGGGAGACCCCGAGUGCAAGGACUGGGUGCACAAGGAGAUUGUGACAGCCCUGAACUCUGGAAAGAAUAUUGUACCCGUUACAGACCACUUUGAGUGGCCGGACCCAGAAACACUUCCAAAGGACAUGAGGGCAGUCCUGAAAUUUAAUGGUAUCAAGUGGUCCCACGAGUACCAGGAGGCCACAAUUGACAAAAUCAUCCGCUUUCUCCAGGGCCGUUCCUCCCGGGACUCCUCGGCUGGGUCGGAGAACGGCCUGGACUGCUUGCCCUCCCUGGGGCAGAGCUAG